ACUUUCUUUCCCUCCAAAUCAACAAACACAACAUAUUUUUCUCAUUAUCACUUUCCUCAUCUCCUCUUCCACAAUCAAAAUCCCUUGUAUCACAAUUAAUACACAUAUAUUUCCAAACAAUAACCACAAUACAUAACACACAAUCUCUAUAUACAAUCCACAUAUAUAUACAUACAAUACCAUACCAUGUCCAUAUCCAUGUGUAGCUCCGAUUCCAAAGUGACCGUUGGUGUUUCAAUGGCACCACCCACAGUCCCCAAAUUCAAUGGCCGACCAGUUCUCCAACCUACUUGCAACCGAGUUCCCACCCUCGAAAGGCGUAACUCAGUCAAGAAAAUCACUACUACUACUACUCCAUCAUCUCUCACCUUACCACCUCCAUCACCAAAUUAUUUCUCUUCUUCUUCUCUUACCAGUCCAAGAAUUACUACUACUAAUAGUAAUAAUACUCUUAAACCCGUGGCUAACCAUAACUCCUUGACUCCACCAAUUUCUCCCAAGUCAAAAUCUCCAAGACCAACGGCUAUUAAGCGCUGCAACGACCUAAACACGAGCUCAGACAAGGUUGUCAUCCCUGGAAGCGUCGGCAAAGCUUCCGCGGCUAAGGUUUUGGAGAGAAAGAAAUCGAAAAGCUUCAAAAUUGUUAGUAAUGGCGGAAACGGUGAUGUUUUCAAUUGUUCUAAUAAUUCUCCACCUUCUUUGGCUGAGUCUUCUUUGAGUUACUCGUCGUCUUUGAUCACCGAUUCCCCCGGGAGUAUCGCCGCCGGGAGAAGAGAACAGAUGGCUCUUCAACAUGCUCAGAGAAAAAUGAAGAUCGCCCAUUAUGGAAGAUCUAAGUCUGCAAAAUUUGAACGAAACUUGAUCGAUUCAAAUCCUUUGGAUUCAACUGUUAACAAAACCAAUGAUGAAGAAAAAAGAUGCAGUUUCAUCACUGCUAAUUCAGAUCCCAUAUACGUUGCUUAUCAUGAUGAAGAAUGGGGAGUCCCAGUUCAUGAUGACAAGAUGUUGUUUGAACUGGUUGUUCUAAGUGGAGCCCAAGUUGGGUCAGAUUGGACUUCAAUAUUGAAAAAACGUGAAGAAUUCAGGAAUGCAUUUUCAGGGUUCGAUGCAGAGAGUAUUGCCACUCUUACUGAUAAGCAAAUGGCCUCCAUAUGUUCUCAAUAUGGGAUUGAUAUUAGCCGUGUUCGUGGAGUUGUCGACAACUCUAAUCGAAUUCUAGAGAUCAAGAAGGAGUUUGGGUCAUUUGCUAAGUACAUAUGGGGCUUUGUAAAUCAAAAACCAAUCUCAACACAAUACAAAUCAGGGCAGAGAAUUCCAGUGAAGACAUCAAAAUCAGAGACCAUAAGUAAAGACAUGGUGAGGAGAGGUUUUAGGUUCGUUGGUCCAACCGUGGUUCACUCAUUCAUGCAAGCUGCUGGUCUAACAAAUGACCACUUGAUCACUUGCCACAGGCACCUCCAAUGCACCUUACUAGGGGCCCGCGGUUCGGUCGCCCCAUCCGCCGCGGUGCCAGAGACAAAUGACCUAUAGGACCUCUCCUAAUUAACACUAAUUAUCAAGAAACAAAAUAAGCAGUGGAAGUUUUAACUCAGAGAGAAAGAAAUGCUCAAAAGUGCAUAUAUAGUUGGCUAAUAUGCUGUGAUGUUUUUAGUUUAAUACAGCAGUGAGAAUUGUGAGUUUGAGUUAAUUUAAUUACAUUUGAAAAUAGAUUGUUUAUUUAGAUUAGAGAGUGCUAAAUAGAUAUGGUGUGGUAGUGUGCACAGGAACUAAAGAAGGCCCCACCAAGAGUGAGUAGUACUAUAUAGAAAAAAGAAGAGAAGACAGAGAGAGAGAGAGAAAGAGAGCAUGUGCAAAUGAAUAUGGAGGAGGCAAUGGCAUGUGUGUGUGGUGUUGUCAGUUUGCUUUUUUAUUAUUAUUAUUAUUGUUAUGUAUUAAUAAAAAUAUUAUGAAAUAUAGUAUUCCAUGUGACCCAACA